GAACGCGCUGCGUGGCUCCCGCGCGAGGCGCGGUUGUCAUGUUUUUGGUGAAACCCCUUUAGUUUUUGGCGGUUUGAUUUCCUGCCCCGCAAUGGAGCGCCGCAAGAACACGACAUCUUCCAAGAAUUCGGCGCGGGAUGGCGAGUCCGGCAAAGGUGACUCCGCGGGGUCUGGGGGCAAGCGGAAUAACCGACGGCCUGCAGGAGACGUCCACGUCGGGGCUAAGCCUUCUUCGUGCCGCCAGCAGGCCCUCCGUGGCUACGCCGGCAAUGGCCUCGAGCGACUCUCCCAUUUCGUGUCCCAGCUGGCUCGACUGCGCGACUUAGUGCAGCAGGUGGCUGACUUGCAGGUCCGACGUCGCAACCUCAAGAACGAGAUUCUCACACUUCAAGACGAGAACGCGCAGCUGCAACUUGCGCUCAACAGGGAGCGUAGAAAGACGGAGAUCCUCUGGAAGGCAAUGGGGGAACGAAAGAGGCCGCGCGGUAUGUCGCCCCCACGGCCGCAGAUACGGCCGUCCCUGCAACCAGUCGCCCACUCCCAGUACGGUGCCCAUUCGGCGCACCCGCCGCCGCCACUCAACGUGGACGACUUCGUCAACGCACCCGGGGGGCGUCAGGCCUCGUCUUUCCUUCCGAUCCUUAUGCCGUGGAACGUGAACGAGAACGACAUCCUGGACUUCGAAGACUUCGAGGAAGACCUGCAGCACUACUUCACCUACCGUGCUUCCUCGCCCAUGGAGAGUUUCGUCGAAGGUUACAGCGCUUUGUCCUCCCUCCUGUCCCUUGGAGGAGCCGCGGAGGCCCUAGGUGACAACCCACCGGCCCGUUCACAGCGCUUCCAGUUGCUCGACGCACAUCGCCAACGCCAGCAGCGGGAGCGCCAACAGCAGCAACUACAGCUCCAGCAAGAAGACCAGCAGGUAGGGCGACAGCGACAGCAACAGCAGCAGCUACCACGACAGCUGCAACAACAACAACAGCAGCAACAGCAACAACAACAACAGCAUCAACAGCGGCAGCAGCAGUUACUACUGCAGCAUCAACGCAGCAUCUUCCGCUACCCACGCCUGCGCCGCCAGGAGGGGUCAGUGUCCGUGCGAGCUGCAUCUGCACCCACCAACGAAAACCCCGACGCUGAGAAAGAACAAACGACGGGCCAGGACCGCAGCAGCCAAGGCGAUGACGUCACAGGUUCCAGCCAAGGUCGCGGAAGGAACGCAGCGGAUCUGGAGUACGAACAGUUGCCGCUGGACUGACGAAGAAAUCGCCCGAUACCCCUACGCUUCCGUGGAAUGCUACGCAACCCCGCCGUGGCAUACGGACAGUUACGGUUUACAGCUGAAAUUGGUCAGUCUGUUGACUGCCCGUCGUCCGCGCCUGACGAGCGAAACUCCUGGGGCCGCUUGCUGAAGCUUGACGCACCGUGGGCAAUUGACACACCAUGGGCACACCAUGGCUUCGCGUAAGUCGCAGUAAGUUGCUGCACCGAUAAGCUGUCGAGUGACGAGAUAAGAACGAUCUCUGUCAUAGUGCCACUCCUUGACCACUCGACAAUUUACUUAGCAGCACCAUACUGUGGCUUAUGCGAACGUUCCUUCUACUGGAUACAUUUACCCACUGGUAAAAUGCUUCGUGCAAGGUCGCCGAGACAGCGAGUUUGAACACUGAGCGACUGGGCCGCUUCAAACGCACAAAGUUUGCUUCUCGCACGUGUAUUGCCGUCACUCCCUUAAAUACAUUUUCGUCAAAGUCAGCUCUCCAUUGAAGGAAGUAUUACACGAGCAGGUUUGCUCUAAUUAGGACGUGGGCUUCAGAUGUGACAUACA